AUGGACGAGCCCCCCGAGGUAGCUUGUAAUAUUAUAAUAGAAAAUAGAUUUUCUAAACUGGACGAGUCCAGUGUAGAUACAGAUGUGGAUCAACGGAAUGAUCGAAAAAGAAUGCGAGUAGAUAGUUUUCAGAACAAAGUAGACCGUGUAGAUACUGCAACUGUUAAUACCCAACAGCACCCAUCACCUCCAUCAGACGUUUCUCAGUCCAUAAAAAAUCCUACAGGCCGAACGUUUUAUGAGGCCUAUGACAUAGGGCCAUUCGUAGUUCAUGCGCAAAAAGUUUCUUUAGAUACGGACAUCCCCUCCCUACACCCCGUCCAAUUUGGGUAUUUCCUCAAGAAAAAUUCUUUUAAAAACAUAAUUAAUGGUAGCAUCAAAAGGAUAGGCAGAAACAGAAUUUCCCUAUCAUUCUCUGACCACAAAUGUGCAAACGAAUUUAUUAAUAACCCUUGCCUGGCAAGAAAUAAUUACAAAGCUUUAAUUCCCUCAUUUAAUGUGACCCGAAUGGGCCUGGUGCGAGGCGUUCCCGCGGAAUGGUCUCCCGAAGAGAUAUUAGACAACAUCUCUCUGCCUGUAGGCAGCGGAGGAAUUAUAAAAAUUAGACGACUUAAUUAUAAAGUACGUAACAGCAGCCCUCCUGAGUGGAAGCCAUCACAGACUAUUGUAAUAACUUUCGAUGGUCAAACCCUUCCUAAACAUGUAUUUGUCUGCUACAAUGCCCUGCCCGUGGAACUUUACGCAUACCCCACUAUUCAGUGCUAUUCUUGUUGCCGAUUUGGUCAUACUAAGUCUAAUUGUAACUCUCGGCCCCGCUGUUACAAGUGUGGCCAAGACCAUACUGGGGACACAUGCAACAUACAAGAUGAUGCCGCGACUUGCUGCCUAUGUUCUGGUCUACACUUUGCUACAAACAGAAAGUGUCCAGAAUAUGAACGGCAGACUAAAAUUAAAUUGUAUAUGGCUCAGAGAUGUGUAUCUUAUGCAGAAGCAAAUAAAGUGUAUGAUCCAGUUUCUAAAUCUUUUGCUGAUAUAGUUAAGUUUUCAAACAUCCAGAAUACUCCUAAUUCUCCUGUCCCACAUGUAUCGCCUUCCUCUCCCUCGAUUCCGUCGUAUAGUAGAUCUUAUAAGAAAACAAUAUUUGCUAAACCAACAUCCCCCAAACUAAAACGACUGGGGUAUAACAAAACAGAACACUUCAAUUUGAUAAAGGACUACGACGCUCCAGCUCCUUCUAACGGGGUCGCUUUAAUAAACAGUAACGUUAACAAUAAUGACAUAAUCUCUGAUUUAAUCCAACUUUUGACUGAAAUUAAAUCCAAUUCUAACUCUGACAACAACGUAACCGAACAACGCCGCCAAACGAUUGCUUCCUUAACUCAAUUAAAAUCCUCUUAUGCGUCACGAACGCGAACAAAUAAUCCAGUGGAAUUGCAGAAGCGCUAUCUGCAAUAA